ACAGAAACAAAAACAAGCAGGAGGCUGCUCGGCACAUGACGAUUGUGUAUAUCCACAGCGGCUCACCUUCCAAAACUGUCAACAAAACGAAGAGCGUUUGCACGAGCGGGUUUUUGUUGUGUGUGUUUUUCCUGCUGGAAGCACACAGGAUGGCUUAGCAGCACAGAAGAGGAGGAGUAGGAGGAAAAAGAGAAGCCGCCUUGCGGGGUGCAGGAAGAGAAAAAAACCGCUACGUCUGCAAAACAACGAAGAGCCAGAGGAAAAAAGUGCGAGCGUCGACAACCCGUGGGGCUGACUUGUGAGGACAACCUUUGAACCCCCCGCAGGCCGAACGCUUCCCGCCCGGUGUCACGAGACGCGGCGCACAAGGCUAUGGGCUGUCGGCUCAACGCGGCCAGGCGUCCAGAUUGAAAGAGGAGAAAAAGUUCAACUCCUGAACCCAGAGUUUUGUGGUUUAUUUUUUGGAGGCACAGGGUGAGGUUGAAGAGAUUGUAAAUAAGAAGCUGACAAGUUCCUGUUUCCAACAUGUCUACUGUGAGAUUUGAUCCUGGGAACCAUUCUAAAGGCGUUAAUGGCGUCACCGGUGAAGAAGCAGAUGAAGCAAAUGUUCAUAUUGAUGAUGGAAAAACACAGGAUGGUGAACCAGACACAGUAUAUGAGAAGAUCAGAAAGGCAAUUGCCCCAUUUGUAAUGUCCUUUGGUUUUCGGAUGUUAGGUAUAUUGCUCAUAUUUCUGGAUGUUGCUAUGGUAAUUGCUGACCUCAUAAAUCCAGUGAAUGGAAUUGAAGGAAUUUCACUCACUAUAUCUUUCUUUUUCUUGAUUGAUGUGAUUCUUCGAAUUUAUGUCGAAGGAUUCUUGGUAUAUUUCAGUUCCAAGCUCAACAUUUUAGAUGGCUUAAUUGUCACUGUCACUCUAGUUAUCACCAUGAUCUAUGUUUUUCCAGACUUCUCAGGAGCAACAUCAAUUCCAAGGUUUGUAUCAUUCUUCAGGCCUUUGAGAAUUAUCAUCCUGAUCAGGAUUUUCCGUCUUGCCUCCCAAAAACGGCACCUUGAAAAGGCCACCAGACGAAUGGUCUCUGAAAACAAAAGACGUUACCAGAAAGAUGGCUUUGAUCUUGAUCUUACAUAUAUUACAGAUCGUAUUAUUGCCAUGUCCUUUCCAUCUUCUGGGAAGCAGUCUUUUUAUCGGAAUCCUAUUGGGGAAGUUGCAAGAUUUCUGGAUACAAAGCAUAUAGAUCACUACAAAGUUUAUAAUCUGUGCAGUGAGAAAGGAUAUGAUCCCAAGUAUUUUCAUUACAGAGUGGAAAGGUUCUUCAUUGAUGAUCACAAUGUUCCUGCACUUGAAGAUAUGCUGAAAUUCACAGCAAACAUUAGAGAAUGGAUGGCUGCAGAUCCUCAAAAUAUCAUAGCCAUCCAUUGCAAAGGGGGAAAAGGAAGAACAGGAACAAUGGUCUGCAUUUGGCUUAUUGACAAUGACCAGUUUGAAAAUGCAAAGGAAAGCUUGGACUAUUUUGGAGAGAGAAGAACAGAUACAAGCGUGAGUUCCAAAUUCCAAGGAGUUGAAACUCCCUCACAGAGCAGGUAUGUUGGAUACUAUGAAAUAAUGAAAACAAAAUACAACAGACAGUUGCCUCCACAGAAGAAUCUGAAAAUAAAGAGCUUUAGGGUAUAUUCUAUUUUUGGUGUUGGAAGAAGCAAUGGCAGUGAUCUCAGACUAAAGAUAAUUGUGAAAAAACAGGUUAUAUUCACAUGUAUUUGUGCUACGCAGGAGAACUGUAAGCUGUUCUUUGAUGCUGGAGGUAAUGUGGCAGUAAUUACCUUACAGGAGAGCCCUGUGCUUUCUGGAGAUGUCAAAAUUGUGUUUGAGUCCAGUGCAGGGCUUCCAAAAGGGUAUGAAGACUGUCCGUUCUAUUUCUGGUUCAACACUUCUUUUGUUGAAAAUAACAGGCUUUAUUUAUCCAGAGAUGAACUGGAUAAUCCUCACAAAGCUAAGACUGGGAAUAUUUUCAAGGAAGACUUUGCAGUUGAAUUAAUUUUUCUUGACCCCUAACUCAACCUGAUAUAUUAAUGUAAAAUAAUAUAUUAAUAGCUACAACAGCUGAAGAAGUUGUGCAGGCUGUUUUCUCAAUAAACAUCUUCACAUAUACUCUUUGUGAACUGUUGAACAAGCACUGAUUCUGGUUUUGGAUCCUAAGCAGUAUGGUUUGGACUAGAACAACUUGAGCUGUACAUUUGCAGAGUUGCUUUGAAAUAAGCUGUUAAGGAGCACACAUUUGCUAUCGGAAAUCGCCUUGACAGAGGAUUUUGCCGUUGUGUAUCUAAUAUUUUCAUAUGCUUCGGGCCAAAUGAAACAGCUGAACAUGCUUCAACCAAGUCUGAUUAGCAGUAUGCUAUGUUUGGGCAAUUUCCAUACAUGAAGAUAAUUUUUUUUUUCUUUUCCAAAUUUUACCAGAAAUUUCGUUUAUUGGAAGAAUGCAGUGACUUUUUUUGCCCGUGAUGGUAAAAGAAAUGUAACUAACUAUUUUUUAUGUUUUCCUGUCAUUGUUCAGAAGUGUCUCAUUUUGUAAGUCUGAGUUCAGUUUUUGAAAUUGUUUAAAAUCAUGUAGAAAUCUUUAGGGAAGAUAACUCUGAUUUCUACCACUUUCUCAAUGUAGUUUAAGAAAAGAAAUGUAAUUUCUUUAUUAAUGUAAAAUAUUUCUUUUACUUAUAUUUCUGGGUCAUUAUUAUGAAAAAAUGUUAAAUAUUUCCUUAUCAAGUAGACUGAGGAGAAACAAACUUUAGACCACAAUUACUGAGCACACUUAAUCUAGCUAUUUUAUACUGUAUAUCUAUAUCUAUUUAUAUAUAUAUAUAUAUUGUGGCAGCUAGCUGGCACUCUUGGCUAUUGCCAAACCCAAAACAGGAACAGAGAGGCCAAAGAAGUAUGAAAAGGGAGAUUCUAUUACAAAACAGACAUACUAGGGAAGGUGAACAAUUAAAACUUAACAGUAGCACAAAUGUAGGGGGAAAGAAAUAAACCUGACAGUCCCUUAAUGGCCUCCCUGUGCAGAUUCGUUCCCUGACUACCACAUGAGGUAUGAGAUGUCUUAACCCACUCUAAGCCACAGGCACUUCUUUAUCAUGCAUCUUGUAUACUUUUCACCAUCUCUGGCUUCCAUUCGUCUGACACCUUUAACGCCACUUCUACCCUAAUGGCCAUUUGUGAGGUGUUCCUUUAAAACUCCAGACAGUAAGCACUUUUGAGGAUGAUUCCAGCCUCUCUGGAGUGACUAGCAGGCCAGGGCCAUUCUGUUUUUUUUAGGUCAGAGCUCCAUCCAGAGACAGCUGCUAUCAGUACAACCAAGAGACACUUGUCCAUAAUCCAUAACACUUGGCUUCAAAUAGUCUCACAACCUAAUAUAAGUUAUACACAAUCGUUCAGCUCAUAUUUCUUUUAGGAAUUUUCUGUCUUUGUUACAUUCUAUAGGUUUUACCUGCUGUUUGUAACCAGUACAUUUCUUAUUCAGAUUGGUGUACGUAACAAUAAAAAUAUCAAAGGAAACUAUUAAAAGCAAAAUAUUGAUUCACUGUAUGAUUACACAGCAUAGAAAAUUAACAGAGCCUACAGAAUGUGCAAAGAUGUGCAAUAUCUAGUGCCAAGAGCAUGAUCUUUGAUUUGCUUCUACUGUGUCUGUCAUCUGCUUUUAAUAAAAACAAUUUAUAAAGCACUCAUGACCAACAUAAGGGAUUAGCUAUAUACAGAGAAGUAACGCUAAAUGCUUUUUGUCAUUGUAUAAUUAGCCGUGAUUAACAAUUUAGUCCCUGAACUGAACCUUGAAAUGGGGUUGAGAAUAUUAAGUUUUAAAAAUAGAGAACUACAAAAACUGAAAGUCAUUUACAUAAGUGUGAUAAGUAAUCUUAUAAUUAAUCCGAGGAACAAAAUGAAUGAAUUUACAAAUACCAUAAGUAAAUCAAAACGUGUCCACUUUAAAAGUUUAAAUAUUAUCAAAAAAUAACAACUUUGUUAAUUUCUAGGGUGUGCUAUGAUAAGAGAAAGAUGAAAAUAAAAUUAAAGAAGAACAGUGCUACUUACUUGGACUUUUUCUCGCUGUAAGUAUAAAACUAAGACCUCCAGUGGCAGACCCCCUUCUGUGUCUGAUCAACCUUGUGAUGUCAUUCAGGGGUCAACGGCUAGAGGUGAAUUAAAAAGUCUCUGCAUAGGGCGAUUUUGAAAAUAUGCUGUUUAAUGGUGGUGGCGCAGUGGUAGCGCUGCUGCCUCACAGUAAGGAGACCAGGGUUUGCUUCCCGGGUCUUCCCUGCGUGGAGUUUGCAUGUUCUCCCCAUGUCUGCGUUGUUUUCCUCCGGGCGCUCCGGUUUCCUCCCACAGUCCAAAGACAUGCAGGUUAGGUGCAUUGGUGAUUCUAAAUUGUCCUUGGUGUGUGUGUGUGUGUGUGCCCUGUGGUGGGCUGGCGCCCUGCCCAGGGUUUAUUUCCUGCCUUGUGUCCUGUGUUGGCUGGGAUUGGCUCCAGCAGACCCCCGUGACCCUGUAGUUAGGCUAUAGCGGGUUGGGUAAUGGAUGGG